GAGUUUUUUCUUGUAAACAGCUCUAUGACUGUCAUUGUCGAUUGAAAAAAGGAAGCUAUGACUGUUUGAGUUUCGUCACUCAUGUUCUUUUUUGGAGAAACAACACAUUUAAAACCAAAUUCAUAUGAACAUGAUGCUCAUCGUCACACUAUAGAAUGAACAUAAAAGAAGACAUAAAUAUAAUAGAAAUGCAGAAUGUUGUUUUCUAUACAAACAGACAUGGUUUCCAUUGUAUUUGCAGUUAUAAUGAUCAAUUACAAGUGUAUCUACAAACCAAAAAAAGUGAGUCAGAAUAUAAAAAAAAAUUGACUGUCGUGCAAGCGCUACACAAAAUAAUUUUGGCUUUAAUUACCUUUUCUUUUUUUCUGCCCUGGUCUUUCUUCUUUCUUUCUCUCUUUGUUUGCAUUAAAUGACACCAUCUUCACCUAUUUCGCCUUCUCCGCUUCCUCCUCGGAGACCUAAUAAAAGUAAAUUGAGAACACUAUCGACAACGAAUCAUGCUUCCUCAACAAAUUCUUCUAAUUCAUCCCUCAAUUCAACAGAUAUGCUCACAGAAUCACCAGUAGAACAACGUCCUAUCUAUACAAGUCGAUUCAAAGAACACUUCGACGAUAUUUCAACACAGCAAAUUGAUCUGAUCAGCGACAUUGUCCUGCCUCCUAAGCCAUCCGCAAAACGCCCUUCUGCAUUAACACUAUCGAAAAGUACAACGUCUGUCAUUUCACCUCUGUCUUCGCCUUCUUUUUCAAACAUCAAAAUGCCUCGAAUGACUCGAGCCUCUGCCUCUACAACACAAUUGCUUACACUGAAAGAUGAAUUGGAUUUACCGCCCGACCAUCUUUUUACAACGACCACAAAACGUGUCCCAAUGGGUGCAUCUUUGUCGACGCCACAUGCAUCUAGUCAACAUGUUUCAUCACGAAAAUUCGGAAGUAAUGGCUCCGUUUUGAGCAUUAAUACCAAUUCAUUCAAGAGCAAUCACAGCAACCAUAGUCGAUCUACUUUAAGCAUUAGUUACAAUCGUGCUGAUAUUCUGAUUACUCGUCUUGAGGGAUGGUAUCAGUUCCUGAAAUCAGUCACAAAUUGGAUUCAAGAUGUCUCUAAAAUUAGUUUACAAAGCAGCCGUGGCUUCUUUCAACGCGCCUAUCCGCAUUUGGAUGGAUCUGCUGCAUUUACAACAACAACAACAACAACAACCACUGCAUCUCCCCAAGUAACACAGAAUGUAAAUCAAGCUAUUUUGACUGUCCAAGCUGGAUUUCAAGUAUUGACUAUGCAAAUUGCUGCUGGACAACAAGAAUUCAGUAAAUGUUUAGAACGUGAUCAUUUAGCUGCACUCAUGAAGUUGCGUAAAGAAGUCAAGGAAAAGAUACAAACAUUAAGAAAUGAUCCAGCAUUGGCUAUGGAUGAAUUGUUGAGGCGUGCUGAGGUGACACGAAGUAAAAUGAUGUAUUUAAAUCAAUGUUGUAAACAAGCAGACAAGACAAAAGGGCCUAUUGAAAUGGAUCCUUGGCUAGCCAACAUGCUGGUUUUGAGACAGUUGAAAAGAGAGAUCGAUGAAGAAAAUCGUUUGAGACUUCUUAUGAUUCCAAUUCAACAAGAUGUCAAAGCAUUUGAGACACGACUGAUAAAUACAGUAAAACCAGCUAUUCGUUACUGUUAUCAAAAGCUGGCACCAGGAGCAUGGGAUGGUUCGGCUGACAAAGAUACAACUCCUUUUCGACAUUUACUCGAAAAAAUUGUACCUGAUCAUGAAUGGGAACAGUUUGUCAAAGCGCAUAAGAAAGAACUUGUGGAUGAAAAGCAGCCAUCCAAAAACUACCUUAGGAUUAAUUAUCCCAACAAACUGCAUCCUUCCGUUAUGACAUUGUGGAAAGGAAAGAUGGAAAGAAAGUUUGGUGUUCGAAAGCAAUUUACAGAAAGAACAUUUGUCUUGAGCCAAGGUGGCUAUUUGCAUCAAUUUAGUUUGGACAACAAAGUCAUGCCUGAGAAAACGUUUUAUAUUCCUACAUGUACAGUAAUUCCUUCUAUUGACAUAAAUAGUUUUCAAGGAAAGAAAAGUGUGUUUGCAGAAUAUGGAUUACACGAUACCAGCAAUACAUUUGAAAUUUGUCGACCUGCUAACAACGUAUUGCAGCGAGACAAGAUUUCAGUGUUUCGUACGUCUACUCGAGAGGAAUUGAUUACUUGGUGUCGUAUGCUGAUUCAUAUUGCUAGUGGUCUCAAUAUAUCCUCUUUGAAUACUCAAACCGCUUCGACUGACGAUUCCUUAUUAUUAGACUCUGACACUAAAAGCAGCAUCACAAAGUCAGAUUCAUCUACUACCAAAGAAUACACAUACACUUCACCUGCUCGUAGCUUCAAGUCAAGCAUGACAGAGGAAUCAUUCAGUGAUCUCAUUGUCCCAAACAAGAUACAUUAUGAAAUUAUACCAGAAUCUUUAGCACAGUCAGCAGUCAUUGAAGAGGAGGAAGAAGAGAAAGAAGAAAUGCAUACAGAUGCUGAAUCAUUUGUCACUGCUCAAUUUGAUCGCCUGAAUUUUUAUCAUAGUGAUAGUGACGAACAUAAUGAAGCUGUAAAUGAUUAUUUUUUACAUCAAAAAAGUCAACAAGGCAUUUUAGAUGAUGCAGAUGCUAUCAGUAUUGCUUCUACUUCGACUGCUAAAGGCCCUAGUGCAGCCAAUUCAGCUGUAAAUAGAUCGCCUUCGCUUGCCAGCACUCAAUUUGAUGAUGCUCAAUCUUCGCUUUACUUUUCAUCAGCAUCUGUACCACCUUCGCCUUCAUUAUCAAGCCAAUCAUCUGUAGUGUCAAUACCAGACUUUCAUUUGAUACCUGAAGCUAGUCAUACACCAAGAGAUGAUACGUCUCUAAUUUCUCUAGCCUAG